GCUGCGGGGAGAGGGGGCGGGGCCUGCCGCGGAGAAAACAGCCUGCGCGCCGCCCGAGUGCAGUCUCGGUCCGGAGCCUGAGCCCUGCGAGCGUCGGCGCCCGGCCCCACCCCGCCCGUACCUGCACUUAUUUAUUGUUGUUAUUAUUAUUUCUUACCGCGGAGCUCCGCAGUCGGGUCCUCCCGCCCGCUCCCGCGCAGCGCUAGCCUUCUCCGGUCCCUCAGUCCCUUCCCGCGCGGCGCGCCGCAGCCGAGGCGAUGCGCCUCAUUCAGAACAUGUGCACCAUCGCCGAGUACCCCGCGCCGGGCAACGCCGCCGCCUCCGACUGCUGCGUGGGCGCCGCCGGCCGCCGCCUGGUCAAGAUCGCCGUGGUGGGCGCCAGCGGCGUGGGCAAGACCGCACUGGUGGUCCGGUUCCUCACCAAACGAUUCAUCGGUGACUAUGAAAGAAAUGCAGGUAAUCUCUAUACUAGACAAGUUCAGAUAGAAGGUGAAACCCUGGCUAUUCAGGUUCAAGACACUCCAGGUAUUCAGGUCCAUGAGAACAGCCUGAGCUGCAGUGAACAGCUGAAUAGGUGCAUUCGCUGGGCAGAUGCUGUGGUGAUCGUUUUCUCCAUCACUGACUACAAGAGCUAUGAACUCAUCAGCCAGCUCCACCAGCACGUGCAGCAGCUACACCUGGGCACCCGGCUGCCUGUGGUGGUCGUGGCCAACAAAGCUGACCUGUUGCACAUCAAACAGGUUGACCCUCAGCUUGGACUGCAGCUGGCCAGCAUGCUAGGCUGCUCAUUCUAUGAAGUGUCUGUCAGUGAAAAUUAUAAUGAUGUCUACAGCACCUUCCACGUCCUCUGUAAAGAGGUCAGUCACAAACAGCAGCCUAGCAGCACACCCGAGAAGCGAAGAACCUCCCUCAUUCCCAGGCCCAAGUCACCCAACAUGCAGGACCUGAAAAGGAGGUUUAAGCAAGCUCUCUCUGCCAAAGUGAGGACUGUCACCUCCGUCUGAAGCAGGAGGAGCACUCAAGGGGGUUUGGUCUUCCCAGGAAGAGGGCCUGAGGUUCUCCCAGUGCAGGAACGUUGAAUAUUGGCAAUGAUUCCUGGUUCCAGAAGGGCUGGAGCAGAAGGGCCAAGAGGGCCUAUGGAACUGCUACAGAAAAGGAAGUGUUGUUCUGAGCGGGGGGACAGGAUUGAUGAGGCUUGAAAGAGCCCACUGAGCCACUCUCUGAAUAUGUGAAAUGUACUCUGUGUCUUUUCCUUUAGAGUGGGGAGGGGGUAUAAUCGUUUUGGUUUCUGCAUUCAACUACCUUGUAAAUGGUGGUCCGUUGCAGUUUCACCAAAUGUAUUCAUGUGAUUUACAGUGGGAAUGAAAGAACAGAUUAAGCAUUGAUAGGCUUUCUUUUUUCCCCCUUUUUUCUUUUUUCUCUUUUCUUCUUUCUUUUCCUCUUUUUCCCCAAGGGGAAGAAUUGCUUUUCUCUUAUCAGUAUGAUUUGUAACUCUGGAACACUAUUCUUACAGAAUGCCUUUCUAACCUGAAGGAUACCCAGAUUUCUUUCAUGUACAAGAUGGAAAAUCCCCUACCCCUCAAAAACAGGUUGAGUUUAUGGGCCAGAAUAUUCUGUAUACCAGAUGUUGGUAAGCUUGCACGGUUUGCGGGAAGGUUCUGGUUCCCCCUCACAAGAUGAGCAUGCUCAGUUGGGUGUGUGUGUGGAGGAGCUGUGAACUUCACACUCUUCAACCCCAGACUUUGACUGUAUAGUUUUUUGUUUUUGUUUUUAACUGUUCCAUCAAGAAAAAAAUGUGCCAGUUGAUUUUGGUGUGACUUGUGUAAAUGGUUCAUGGCAAUGACGUUGGGUUGCUUCCUAGGCCUGGCUGAGUUGUGCCUAAGGGUGGCUGAAAUACUAAAACACUAUCUUACAGCAAGUGAACAGGGGCUACAUGCCAAAUCCCCUCCACAGAUGCACUUUAAAAAGCCACUCAUGCUUUGGCUUAAACUGUAAUUAAUUUAUUUUAUGUACAAUAAAUCUCAUUUGAAAAAGAG